AUGCGGUACACUUCUUUGAAUCACAAAGUGGAAUGCUCUCAAGAUAUUUACUCUCGAGAUUUUCUUGGUGAUAUCGAUUAUUAUGUUUAUUCAUUCCCCAAAAAGGUGGAUGACAGAGAAGAGGAUAAGACUGCACAGAAAUUCGUACGGCGUAAUGAAAUAAAUAAAAAUGACAAUGAUCGUCCAUUGAUAAAAUUAUAA